AUAUCCUUUCUUUUUUUGCUUACAUUGAAUAAAACCCAUAUCGAAUAAUCUAUCACAAAUUUCUUACGGAGCAAAAGAACCGAAAUUUCUAUCUGGGAUUUGCUCAAAAAAUCAAAAUUUUUAGUGGGUUUUAGUUCAUUCUUCCCUUUUCCAAUGGCAACUUCAAUUUCUGCUACUGGGUUUAAAGGUGGUUUGAGCUCUUCCUUUCAUGGAAGUUGGGGUACUUCAAUGGCCGGUGAAGAUUACACCAUGCUGGUUAAAUCAGUACCAACCCAAGUUCGAGUUGGGAGGAAGCCAAUCCGGUCGCAGCCGAUGAUGAAGAACGUCAAUGAAGGAAAAGGUGUCUUUGCCCCUAUUGUUGUCAUCACACGUGAUAUUAUUGGCAAGAAAAGGUUCAAUCAACUUAGGGGCAAAGCUAUUGCUUUGCACUCACAGGUAAUCACCGAGUUCUGCAAAGCCAUAGGUGCUGACGCAAAACAAAGACAAGGGCUCAUUCGCUUGGCCAAGAAAAAUGGAGAAAGGCUGGGGUUCCUUGCAUGAUGAGAUUGAAUGCCUUCGUUUUACUGCCACGCUGAGAAAGUUUAGAGCUCGAUUGAGGGACUUCAUGUUGUAGAUAAUGUGAUAAUCUGAUUUUGAAGUCAGAAACCAAUCUCUCUUUCUCACUCCCUUAUAUUCUCCUUGUCAUUCUUCAGUUUCUUUAGUUUGUAAUCUCUCUCUCAGACCAAAUUACUUAAUGAUAAUUCAAGAUAAUUAGUACAAA